UUGAAAUAAAAGUUUCCAAAGUACUCAUAUAAACUCUUACAAAUUUUAGGGAGCUGUCGGGAAAGUCUUAAUAUGGGUGGCUUUUUGGAGAAACCAGAAACGGGAAAGCAAGUGAGUGAGGGUGACGGAAAUGGACUUCGAUACUGCGUGAGUUCCAUGCAAGGCUGGCGAUUGGAAAUGGAAGAUGCCCACUCGGCUGUUUGCAGACUAAAGGAACCUUUUGAAGACUGGUCGUAUUUUGCGGUAUUCGAUGGUCAUGCAGGAAAUAGAAUAUCACUGCAUUGCGCCGAGCACCUGUUGGAUACUAUAAUAACAUCCGAAGCUUUUGCGACGCAAAGAUUUGACGCUGGGAUAAAAGAAGGUUUUCUGCAGUUGGAUGAGGAUAUGAGGAAGAUAUAUCAGGAUAAGCCAGGGGGUUCGACGGCCAUCUGUGUUUUUAUUUCGGCAGAGAAUAUCUAUUUGGCCAACUGCGGUGAUUCGAGGGCUGUAAUAUCGCGACAUGGACAAGCUUCCAUCAGCACCGUCGACCAUAAGCCAUAUUAUCCGAAGGAGAUGGAACGUAUUCAGAAUGCCGGUGGAAAUGUGAUGAUAAAACGAGUGAACGGCACCCUCGCAGUUUCACGGGCCCUGGGUGACUUUGACUUCAAGAGUGAUAAUUCUAGGUCGGUUAUCGAUCAGUUGGUGUCGCCAGAGCCAGAUAUUACAGUUUGCCAGCGUAGCGAAGAUGAUGAGUUUAUAAUAAUUGCCUGCGAUGGCAUUUGGGACGUGAUGACCAGUUCCGAAGUUUGUGACUUCAUUGGCUCGCGUCUUUUCGUGACCGAUAACCUGCCGAUGAUUGUUAACAGCGUUAUGGACAUUUGCCUGCACAAGGGCAGCAGGGAUAAUAUGACCAUGCUCCUCGUACUUUUGCCGGGUGCACCGGUAAUCAAUAAGGAUGCCGUUAAGGCCGAAACAAAUCUUGAUAAAACUGUUGCUCAACUAACAAGACAAAUCAUUGAGAAACAUGAAAUAACCGACUUUGAAGUUCUUAUUCGCCUUAUGAAAAGAAUGGCCAGUAAUAUACCAAAUCUACCCCCAGGUGGUGGUAUUUAUGCCAAAUAUUAUAUUAUUGAGCAAGUUUUCCAUGAGAAAUUUCCUGAUGCACCAUCUGAAAUUUACGAUUAUUUUACUUUGUAAAAUUGUGUUGAAUAAAAAGUAAAAAGCAAAAUGUGAA